AUGGCAGUCAAGAUCAACAAUAUCUCAGUACACAGGAUCCAACCACCAAAAGGAUCCAAGAUCGAUUUCGGUGCCGAGAUCAGAGGAGCAAAUUUGGAGAAUCUGACAGAACAAGACUUUGAGAUCAUCAAGAAUGCUCUUUACGAGAACAGUGUAGUUCUUUUCAAGAACCAACAAUCACUCUCUCCAAAAGCUCAAUUCGAGUUGACACAAAAGUUCGAUCCUUCUGCCGGCUCAUAUGGACACGGAAAGACGAUUGAUGCCAAAAGAUCUGUGCUUCAUCCUGACCUCAAGACGAUCCCACAUCAGCCUCAGGUGCAAGUCAUCGGAAAUGGGCCUGUUGCUGAGUUUGAAGGACUGAAGAAUAUUACACUCAAGCACCCCCACCACAAGACCUUCCACAAGACACCAAUCAGCGAGGCCGAUGACAGAGAAGCAACAAGGUUCUACCGCUGGCACAUUGACGCAGCUUUGUAUGAUUUAUCCCCACCCAGAGUCACCAGUCUCAUGGCUGUCAGUGUGCCAAAGACCGAAUACCAAACUCUGCGUUACGACGAUGGAAGCAACGACGAGAUGAGAGUCCCUCGUGGAUCCACCGCCUUCGUAAGCUCAUAUCGCACAUACGACCUGCUCUCCGACGAAGACAAAGAGUUUGCCCGGACGACCAAAGUACAGUAUGCCGCACACCCGUACAUCUGGAUGAGUCCUGCAAGAUCAAGGAGCGAUGGUCUGGGACUCGUUUCAGACGGCCUCGAGCUCUCCCGGGAAGAGCUGCCCCCAAUCGACGAGGAGAAGAUCAAGAUCUAUCCCAUGUGUUGGCGUAAUCCUGUGACUGGGCGCCUUGCUUUGCAGGUUCAUCCUUCUGCAGUCGAAAAGCUCCACCUUGCCGACGGCACUGUCAUCAGCGAUCUCAAGGAGGUCCGAGACAUCGUCCACAGGCUUCAAAGGCCUGGAAUCGCUCCCGAGCUGGUUUACGCGAUCAACUGGGAUGAAGGUGACCUUGCGCUCUUCAAUAAUCGAGGAGUGCUUCACAGUGUAACAGGCUCCUUCAAGCCUGAGGAGGUCCGUAUAUUCAGACAGUGCAAUCUGGCUGCUUCAGAUGAUCCUCUUGGACCGGAGGUAUGA